GCCUGCGCGCUGGGGCGCGGCCAGAGGCGGCUGCGGCGGGCGGCGGAGCAGCCCCGGCCCCGGCCCUGCCCGGCCCUGCCCGGCCCCGGCCCGCGGCCCACGGCUCGGAGCGGCGCCCGCGUGGAUGGGAUGGAAGCGGGACCCUCGGGAGCAGCUGCAGGCGCGUACCUGCCCCCCUUGCAGCAGGUAUUCCAAGCGCCGCGUCGCCCCGGGAUAGGAACCGUAGGGAAGCCCAUCAAGCUCUUGGCCAACUACUUUGAGGUGGACAUUCCCAAGAUCGAUGUGUAUCACUAUGAAGUGGAUAUCAAACCUGACAAAUGUCCACGCAGAGUCAACAGGGAAGUCGUGGAGUACAUGGUGCAGCACUUCAAACCGCAGAUCUUCGGUGACCGAAAGCCGGUCUACGAUGGGAAGAAGAACAUCUACACGGUCACGGCCUUGCCCAUUGGAAACGAGCGGGUUGACUUUGAGGUGACGAUCCCGGGGGAGGGCAAGGACAGGAUCUUCAAGGUGUCCAUCAAAUGGAUGGCCAUCGUCAGCUGGCGCAUGCUGCACGAGGCGCUGGUCAGCGGGCAGAUCCCGGUGCCGCUGGAGUCUGUCCAGGCGCUGGAUGUGGCCAUGAGGCACUUGGCUUCCAUGAGGUACACUCCCGUCGGCCGCUCCUUCUUCUCCCCCCCCGAAGGUUAUUACCACCCUCUGGGCGGUGGCAGGGAGGUCUGGUUUGGUUUCCACCAGUCGGUCAGACCUGCCAUGUGGAAGAUGAUGCUCAACAUCGAUGUGUCGGCCACCGCCUUCUACAAAGCCCAACCCGUCAUUGAGUUCAUGUGUGAGGUGCUGGACAUCCGGAACAUCGAUGAGCAGCCCAAGCCCCUGACGGACUCGCAGCGAGUGCGUUUCACCAAGGAGAUCAAAGGUCUGAAGGUGGAGGUGACCCACUGCGGGCAGAUGAAGAGGAAAUACCGCGUGUGUAACGUGACCAGGCGGCCGGCCAGCCACCAGACGUUUCCGCUGCAGCUGGAGAGCGGUCAGACCGUGGAGUGCACCGUGGCUCAGUACUUCAAGCAGAAAUACAACCUGCAGCUGAAGUACCCGCACCUGCCCUGUCUGCAGGUUGGCCAGGAGCAGAAGCACACGUACCUGCCCCUGGAGGUGUGCAACAUCGUGGCAGGCCAGCGGUGCAUCAAGAAGCUCACGGACAAUCAGACAUCAACCAUGAUAAAAGCGACAGCCAGGUCUGCCCCAGACCGGCAGGAGGAAAUCAGUCGCCUGAUGAAGAACGCCAGCUACAACCUGGAUCCGUACAUCCAGGAGUUUGGGAUCAAGGUGAAGGACGACAUGACGGAGGUGACAGGGAGGGUCCUGCCGGCCCCCAUCCUGCAGUACGGCGGCAGGAACCGCGCCAUUGCGACCCCCAACCAGGGCGUGUGGGACAUGCGGGGGAAGCAGUUCUACAACGGCAUCGAGAUCAAAGUGUGGGCCAUCGCCUGCUUUGCCCCGCAGAAGCAGUGCCGGGAGGAGGUGCUGAAGAACUUCACGGACCAGCUGCGCAAGAUCUCCAAAGACGCGGGGAUGCCCAUCCAAGGCCAGCCCUGCUUCUGCAAAUACGCCCAGGGUGCGGACAGCGUGGAGCCCAUGUUUCGACACCUCAAGAACACCUAUUCGGGGCUUCAGCUCAUCAUUGUCAUCCUGCCGGGGAAGACGCCGGUGUACGCCGAGGUGAAGCGCGUUGGGGACACGCUCCUGGGAAUGGCCACGCAGUGCGUCCAGGUCAAGAACGUGGUGAAAACCUCCCCGCAGACCCUUUCCAACCUCUGCCUCAAGAUCAACGUCAAGCUUGGCGGGAUCAACAACAUCCUUGUGCCUCACCAGCGCUCUGCCGUCUUUCAGCAGCCGGUGAUCUUCCUCGGGGCCGAUGUCACUCAUCCACCGGCAGGAGAUGGGAAGAAACCCUCCAUAACAGCUGUGGUGGGCAGCAUGGACGCGCACCCCAGCCGGUACUGUGCCACCGUGCGCGUGCAGCGGCCGCGCCAGGAGAUCAUCGAGGACCUGUCCUACAUGGUGAGGGAGCUGCUCAUCCAGUUCUACAAAUCCACCCGCUUCAAACCCACCCGCAUCAUCUUCUACCGCGACGGUGUUCCCGAGGGGCAGCUCCCCCAGAUCCUUCACUAUGAGCUCCUGGCGAUCAGAGACGCCUGCAUCAAACUGGAAAAGGAUUACCAGCCUGGCAUCACGUACAUCGUGGUCCAGAAAAGGCAUCACACCCGGCUCUUCUGCGCAGACAAGAACGAGAGGAUCGGGAAGAGCGGGAACAUCCCAGCAGGAACAACCGUGGAUACAAACAUCACCCACCCCUUUGAGUUCGAUUUCUACCUGUGCAGUCACGCAGGCAUUCAGGGCACGAGCCGACCGUCCCACUACUACGUGCUGUGGGAUGACAACCGGUUCACCGCGGAUGAGCUGCAGAUCCUCACGUACCAGCUGUGCCACACCUACGUGCGCUGCACCCGCUCCGUGUCCAUCCCCGCCCCGGCGUACUACGCGCGGCUGGUGGCGUUCCGAGCGCGGUACCAUCUCGUGGACAAGGAGCACGACAGUGGCGAGGGCAGCCAUAUAUCUGGCCAGAGCAACGGCAGAGACCCCCAGGCCUUGGCGAAGGCUGUGCAGGUUCAUCAGGACACUUUACGUACCAUGUACUUUGCUUGAAAGCCUAACUUUUGUUACCUCACUCAAGAAAGCUUUCAGAUUUGUAGGAGCCAUACAAAAAAGGAAGCAUUGGGACACCUUGGGUUUUUUUCCAAUGAGAAAUCACUGCAGGGCAGGCAGCGUCGAUUCGAGGCAGGAGACCAGCACCACGGGACAGAAAGAUCCGACACCCUCGUAGGAUUGGAAAGAGACUGAUGAUGAUUUUUUCAAUUUUUCUGGCUUUGCAAAAUUUUGACCUGACCAAACACAUAAAGGCAUUCGAGGAAGGGAUAAAACUCCCAGGAGGCGGACGCAGGUUUUCAUUUUUAAGAUGCAAUACUAUAGACUCCUGACUGUGAAAGGCGGAUUUGGUCCUCCGUUGCCCACCGGGCGCUGGUAGGUAUUUUUUGUGGGGGUUGGGGGGAGGGGAUUUUUAGAGCCUUAAAAACAGAAGACUAGAUUUAUAAAACUAAUAUUUUAGAAUAUGAGAUGCUUUAAUGGGUUAAGGGGGAGAAAACAACUAGUUUAUAGGAGAAUUCUAACACUAACGGUUCCCCGCCCCUGAAUAAUCCCCCCCAGAUAAGGUAAGGCACCCUAGCACUUAGCUCAGAGCUGAGAACUGUCUUCCUCGUGUCACAAGCUCGUUAGCUGCUGCCAUUGAAGCAACAGUCACAGACUUUUCCAUGGGUGAGUGCCUUACUAUGAUGCUGCAAAAUUUCCAUGUUUUUAAUCUCGUAAGGAAAACAGUAACCUUGUCUUGAUGGUGGUCCAUAUUUCCAUCGGAAGGAGUUAAUUUCUAUGGUCCUAAGUUGCAGUUUGUGUUCGAUCACGACCUCAUGGUGGUUAAACUCCAUUGAAAGAUGUGCACUUUCAUAUAGGACACGUUUAAUGGCUGCUGACCCAUUUUUGUUUCCAAUGUACUACUUGUUAUUUAAAACUGUUUCUGACAAAUGGGGGCAUCUUCAUCCCAUGAGGACAGAAAUCUCUUAUCGAUUUAUUUUCUUCCUUUUUUUUUUUUCUUUUCCUGAAUUUUUAUGAUGGACACCGGGAUUUUUUUACUAAACAUUAUUUUUAUACGAUAACCGAGUCUGUUGCCAAAACACACGAGUCAUUAACAUUCUCAGAGUUUACAUCCCCGCAGUUCCCGAGGCCGCGCGCUCGCGCCAGAGGUUUCUAACGGUUCCCGUUGCUGAGCGUUGGGCACACGGCUGCUUUCGGAAACACCACGCACCCCAACUCCAGCACCCCCAGCCUGUCGCCCUCUCUGCUGCUAGGAUUUGCUGCUCUUUGUGUCAUGGUAUCACUCAUGCACAGGGUUUGUUGUUUUAAUUCUGAAAGCACACCAGAUUUGUUCCUUAGUCAGAACGAUGAAAUCCUUGUUACCGUCAUGGGGGAAACUCCUGCUGAUUUGUGUUUGUAACAGGAAAAAAAGCCUUGUUCCCGACAGUAACGUAGUGGCUGCUUUUCAGACUCGUUUUCUGCACAGAAUGACCGUAGUGCACGGCGGGGCAGUGGUAGCAACUCAUUACCAGUAUCACGUGGGCAGAUUAUCGGGGGUUUUUGAUAUGAAAGUGUGCACGGCGCUUCCUGCAAGAGAAAAAAUGAGACGCACGCUCCUCCGAGCUCCUAAGGGGAAGAGCUCUGUUAUUAUAUCAUGUCACUGCCCGAGGUGAACGCGUCUCCCAGGCAGACCCACGCGAGCGCUGCCCCGUGUCCGUGGAUAGAAACUCACCCUUUGGGUUUGCACUUCCCGACGUUUAAACUUGCCUUCAUAAAACCACCUCGCUCGUGUCGCCCCAUUGACGUGUCCUGACACCGGGAAGUCACUCGACCCGUUUUCUUUUUGGGCGACGCGUUUGUGAAAGACGCCGACAUCGAUAAGCUAUGCAAACUCAGUGCUGAGCCCGCUGAGGUGGCGUUGGGUGAAGAUCCUGCGUUUAGCACAGUCCCGUUUCCCCUCCGGACCGCAGUGUUGGGCUCCUGCGCUCUCCUUGUGCCGACCUCAGUGCUGUACGGGGGGCAGAGCGGGUGCUGGGGGCACCGGUGGGCUUGGGGAGCUCUGGGAAAGGCUCUUGGCGAGUAGGGAACGCACCAACACUGAGUGUCGACAGGAGAAGCGACAUUCCGAUACACAAGUGCCUGCAUGGUGACACAAAUCGGCACCUCCAUCUCAUCCUCCGAACUCUGGCUUGGGCUCGCUGACAGCAAAAACGGCCUCGGAGGGGCCGUACCCGCUCCCCUGGUGUUAGGAAGCCCCUCGCUAAGCGCACGAUGGGGGUUAAGGUCAAGGUUCUCUCUGCAAAUCGGUUUGUUCACCAGCAUCACGACGGAAAGUGCCCGGCUGCUGCCCUGCAGCGAGGGGCAAGGGUGGUUUGGUUUCUAGUUCUUAUUUUAGUGUUUUAGUUGGGUCUAGAAUUCUGAAAUGUCUUUUAGUAGCCGUGGCAUUAGCACAUGCCGCUUUUAACCGUUUGAAAAGAGAUAGUGUGGGCAUUUACAGAAACAGCUUGUUGCUCUGUAACAAUUUUUUUUUAACCUUGAGACUUGAAAUGUAAAAUGGACCUUUAAGAUUUGCACUCAUUUGUAAGGUGGCUGUUCGUAGAAAACUAUGAAUGAAGACUUGCUGAUGUAGCAUCUACUUUUAACAGCGAUUUUAACUACACAAAAGCUUCACAGCUUCUGAAACGCUCAGCUGUUGACUUGCAGAUCGCGUUCUGCCCUUACUGCACCCUCUGCGCCGGGUUUUCAUGGUUUUGAAUCGAUAAAACAGCCAAACAUUGUAGCUGCUGUGCCCUUGAAACCCUGUUUUCCGUUUUGAAGAAGUUCAGAAGGGGUUUGAGUUACCGCGCGUUUUGUAUGACGGACUAUGCACUGCACCUUCCCCGCGGCUCUGGCGUUUCUACCCUUUUCUUGCAUGUUGAGGUGCUGCGCGUUUUGCUGCCCGUACGGAUCGGGGUUCGCCCAGAGACGUGUCGGGUCUGUGUUCACCACACACCGGCCCCGAGUCGCGCCCUUCGCCACGUGUUCACCCAUUGAACAGCUGGACGCGGCGUGGGUCAGUUUGGGAGAAACGGAGUGAUUUUGGUUCACCCGUCAUUUGUUGGGCGCCGUCGGUUCCCUGUGUCCAUAUCUGCAGGCGAUGGGCUGGGGGGUGGUCGCAGACGUCCAACCCGAUGUCUCGGUGUCGAAGCCCAAGCGUUCAGCGUUGCCUCACGGGAGGUUUUCAUCUUGAAAAACGAGUGUGGAAUAAAGGAACGUGACUCCUCGGGAAGGGAAGCCAGACAGCAAGACAGCAAUAAACCAGUGAAAUUCAUAUCUUGCCUGAGUGAUUUGCACUUCAAUAGUUGUGAACGAAAACUGACGGGACUCCAGCGCUUUUGUGUUCGUUUCUAGCCCCUUUCGUACCUCCUUUAUACAAGCCAGUGUUGAACUGCACAUAGGGUGUUUGCCAGACACUCUCUUUGGGUUGUUAUUUUUCUUGUGGGUUUUUGUUUUGUUUUUUUUGGGGUUUUUUUUGCUUUAGCUUGAACUCUGUAUGGUCCAUUUGUUAAAUAGACGUGAACAGUUGAUGUACAGUACUUACUAAACAAGCAGCAGCACAAAACUUAUUUUAUUAAGAAAAUAUGGCUUAUAUUUUAAAGGUUGAAUAUCAAUUUUUUUUCUUUUUGUAUGCGUAAAAUUAAGACUGGUAAAGAGUAACAAAGUCCUUGGAUUAGGCCAAAAGAAAAUACUGUAAGAUCAUAACCACCUCUUUAUUAAAGAAAACGGUAUGAUUAAAGAGCUCCAGAACAUUGUAUUUAUAUUUGAUUUGAUUGCCUUUGUGGAUUUCUUUUUUGCCUUGGUCCUGGUUUUUGCUUGCAACUUUGACUUUGCAGUCCCAAGUGUCUGUUACCCUGUAACUGUUGGCAGAAGACCUAAAUAAAAGCAAUGUGAACACGC